GGUAUUUCUGUUGUCACUUUCCUCUUUCUUCAUAGUUAUUGCUUAGGUUUUUAUAAUACAUUCAAUUCAACAAGUAUUAACAACAAUUACCAAGAAAAAUCUGUGCUUUUACUGAGGCGUUCAAAUUAUAUCUAUAUAUAUUUUUCUUAACCGCCCAUCUUGGACAUGUGAUUACUUUGGUUAUAAUUGCAAUAAUAACGUUUGUACACUAAUCAGCUUAAAUAUCUUUAUUUGUAUGUGGUUGUUCUUUCCUCUGUAAAUCUAGGGAAUUUUACUGACAUGUCAUCAUUCAAAUCAUGCCUUCAAAAAGUUUAUUUUUCCAAUACCAUUCAUUCAUUUAAAAAUAGUUUAUGCUCGUUUCAUUCAUGCAAUGUUAACAACUCAGAUCAGUCAAUCCAUGAAAAAUCUAAGAGUUUUCAUGAAUAUAGCAGCAUAUGGAAGUAUUUGGAUGUUGAGUCAACCUCCAAAUAUUUGUUGGAGAAUGUCUUUUAUCACCAGAAUGGUGUUGUGGCGAUAAAUAAGCCCCUGAAUCUAGGGUCAUCACGAACAGAGGACACUAUCUACAAUUGCCUACCUUACUUAGCCAAGGAGUUUGGCUACAAAUACUUGCAAUUAGUCAGUGUUCCCGACAAGUACUGCAGUGGUGUGACAUUGCUUUCAUCAAAUGAGAAGAUUACCAAAAGAAUAGAAAAGUCGCUCAAAAGAUCUAAGGCAAUUUUUUCAAGAGAUCCUAAACAAACAUUUUUAGCAGUAACUGUUGGUCGUCCUUCCAUGCAAGAAAACGUGAAUCAAUAUGGUGUCACAAAACGACGCAAAGAUAAUAUAAAUUAUCCUCUAGUUUUGCACGACUGGGGUGCUAAUGAAGUCAAGCGCCGAGAGGUCAAUGUUGGAUUUAUUAGACACAAUGUCCUUGCCACAUCAGAGUUCGCAUCUUUGGUCUCAGUUUCAACAUGGCAGAUGAGACAUCACUUUCCAAGAAUGUAUCUAUCUGAUGUAAUGUUCUCACCUGUUUUGGGCGACAAUAUGUUUGGUCCAAGAGUAGGCUCAGUCUUUGAAAAACCAGUUUUAAUAAAACCGUGGCAUGCACCAGCCGUAAAGGCAUUACCACUACCAUUACUUCAAGCCCUCAAUGCAAGAAGUGGAUCAGAAACUUUAAUACCUUUGCAUUUUCAUUUGCAUGAAUUGGUUCUUCAUCAAUUUUUAAUUGAUGGAUCACAUCUUGUUCUGCAAACUGAACCACCAAACUAUUUUCAAUGGACACUUGAAAAAUUAAAUUUAUCCUUUUCGGAGUCAAGAAAUUGUCAGUCUAAAGCAGAUAUUUUCAGUAGCUAACAAUGAAUCAGGUGUAAGUAGUUUGGAUAAAAUUUGGUAAAAGUUAAUAAAUAAUUGUCAAAAUGUAA